ACCAGAGAGGUCUGGUUUAGGAUCACUGAAGAUCAUGGAAGGGGCUCCCCUUGUCACAUUUUCUUGUGGUUACAAAUCACCCAGCCUGAGGUUUGCGUUUGGGGCUUAAGAGUCAGCCUUACUGACAUUUUUUCUUGUUGGUUGCUCUCGCAGAGUUUCCUAGAUCUCGUGAUCGAAUUAGAGAAACUUAAUCUGAUUGCUCCAGAUCAAUUGGAAUUACUAGAGAAAUGCCUGAAGAACAUCCACAGAGUAGACCUGAAGACAAAAAUCCAGAAAUACAAGCAGUCAGCUCAAGGAGCUGGGACAAGUUAUAUAAAUGCACUCCAGGCAUCAUUCCCAAAUUUGAGUCUUAAGGAUCCUUCAUGUAACUUAAGGCUCCAGAAUGGGAGAAGUAAAGAACAAAGACUCAAUGUGGGACAACUUGACCUUCAAAGAGAAUCAGUGAAGGCAUCCAUCCAGGAAUCGGGAGCAUUUCUACCGCGGCACAUACCAGAAGAGAGAUACAGGAUGCAGAGCAAGCCCCUAGGAAUCUGCCUGAUAAUCGAUUGCAUUGGCAAUGACAUAGAGUUUCUUCGGGACACCUUUACUUCCCUGGGGUAUGAAGUCCAGUAUUUCUUGUAUCUGAGCAUGGACAGUAUCAUCCAGAUUCUUCGCCAAGUUGCCUGCAUGCCCCAACACCAAGACUAUGACAGCUUUGUGUGUGUCCUGGUGAGCCGUGGUGGCUCCCACAGUGUGUUUGGCGUGGAUCAGACACACUCGGGUUUCCCUUUGGAUCAGAUCAGGAGGAUGUUCAUGGGAGACGCAUGCCCUUCUCUCUUAGGGAAGCCAAAGCUCUUUUUUAUUCAGAACUAUGUGGUAUCAGAGGACCCGCUGGACAACGGCAGCUUGCUGGAGGUGGACGGACCAGCCGUCCACAACGUGGAAUCCAAAGCCACGCAGCCUGGGCCAGGCACCAUUCACCGAGAAGCGGACUUCCUCUGGAGCCUGUGCGUGGCGGAUGUGUCCCUGUUGGAACGGCCCUACAGCUCUCCGUCAUUGUACCUGCAGUGCCUGUCCCAGAAACUGGGGAAAGAAAGGUGAGCCCCCUGGGUAGACUGUGGCCC